AUAUCUCAGGCUCACUCCUCAAAGUUUCCUUUUUCCUUUUCUUUUUUGUUUUUGUUUCUAAACAGAACUCGGGGGCGACUUCCAACGACCCUGUCUCUUGUGGAGAAAACUUUGGCGUAGACUUGGGAUUCCGCGGAUUUGGUGUCCUUCUGUAUCCGCGGAAGGCAAGAUCGAAAAAGCUUCGGACAAUCCAAUCCCGGAACAAAUCUCGGGACUACAAAAUCUCGUCGAAUCUUAUACUGGAUUGUUUGGUUGCGAAUAGAAUCCCAUCUUGUUCGUCCUGUUGCUGCAUGCUGUGUGUUAAUUUCUUGGUUCGUUGAUUGGCGAGGAGCUUCUGUAUACGAAUUUUAAUGGGAACUCCGGAGUUUCCAGAUCUGGGUCGGCAUUGCUACGUCGCCGAUUGCCAGCAGAUCGAUUUCUUGCCCUUCACCUGCGAUAGCUGCCAUCAGGUAUUUUGUUUGGAGCAUCGAAGCUAUAUUAAGCAUAAUUGUCCAAAAGCUGACAGACAAAAUGUCACUGUUGUCAUCUGUCCCCUCUGCGCCAAAGGAGUUCAUCUAAUUCCAGAUGAAGAUGCAAACAUUACUUGGGAGAGGCAUGUUAACGCUGAAUGCGACCCUUCUAAUUAUGAGAAAGCCACAAAGAAGAAAAAGUGUCCUGUCCCUGGCUGCAAGGAGCUCUUAACAUUCUCCAACACAAUCAAGUGCAGGGACUGCACGGUCGACCACUGUUUGAAGCAUCGAUUUGGACCUGAUCACAAGUGUCCGGGACCCAAGAAACCGACAGCAGGCUUUCCUUUUUCGGGCCUUUUAAGUAGGAGUAGGAAAGAAGUGUCAAAGCCCAACCAUGCUCCUGCCGCGUCUUCCUCUAAAUGGAGUAAUAGCUUUCUUACUGCAGCUUCAUCUUUUCGAGCCUCAGCUGAAGCGAGUGUGGCAAAAUUGAGUAGCGAACUUAGCCAGAAGUGGCAGAUAGCAAAGGAUGGAGUGGGGCAGAGCAGCAGCAGUGGGAGUAGAAACGGGCAACUGGAGGAGUGUCCGCAGUGUGGUGCUAAGUUUUCCUCAGUCACCACUCUUGUAGACCACGUAGAAAAAGUCCAUGAGAAGGGCAGCAACAGAGCUGGGGUGAAGAAGAUGACAAUCGAUGCCUGCCCUAAAUGUAGUAAAGGGUUUCGUGAUCCAGUAGCGCUCGUAGAGCACGUUGAGAGAGAUCAUGGUGGUACAUCAAGAGCAUAGGUAUCAUUUUUGGAGAAAGUGUAUGUAUUACCUAUUGGGUAUAAAUUCAUUAUCACACUGACAAUGCAUGUAUCUUUUGAGCAUUCAGUCAAAUUAUUUGUGUUUUAGCUGUAAAAUUGAAUACAAAGUUAUUCUUUUGUGAAUCC